GGGAUAUAUUCCCCGGCUCGCCUGUUCCCGCUGACACCCUCUUCUCUGGCCGCCGCUCAUUCACUCAUCGACCAAGCAUGCCUCCCGCGAGCUGUGCUGCCAAGGCCGGGACACCGGCGGAUGACUGCCUUGUCUGUCGAUCGCGGCCCGGCGGUCUGACCCAGGUACCCCCAAGCGUCCUUGUCCAUGGUUCGUCAAAGAGCAUCGCCUUCUCUCGGGCUGGGGGGGGGUUCUCUGCUGUGCAUGCACGAAUGGGCAGGCCCAUUCCCACAUACAUGCACACAUGCAUGCUUGCAUGCUUGCUAUACAGAUGUGUGCGUGUGCGCGCGUGUGCCUGUACAUUGACCCUUGUCAUCGAUAGCCGGCGGUGGGUCGCUUGUGCCCGGGUCGCUGGCCGAGCGUCAGGCGCUGCUUGCCUGCCGGCGGGCUGCCCGAGCAGCCCUCCAGCAAUUGGCCCGCUGUCCGGGGCACCUGCCGACCGGCUGCACCAGGCUACCGAUGGAUGAGGCAUCGGCCGCGCUCGAGGCCGCCGUGGCCGCGGCCGAGGUCCUCGAGCGCAGCACCGGCCCCAAUGCCGGCCUGGACAGCACGCUCACCCUGCGGACUGGACGCGUUGAGGCCGAUGCCGCGGUCAUGUGCGGUCGGGCGGGGGAUUUCGGCGGCCUGGCCGCGUGCCCGGGGAUCUUGCGGCCCGUUCGAUUGGCUUUGGCCGUCCUCCAGCGCUCUCGGGCCGGCUCCGGCUCGGGCCUCGAUCCCGGCGGUCGAGUGCUCCCCUGUCUUCUCAGUGGUGAGGGCGGCUGGACGCUCGGUCGAGAGCUCGAUGCAUCCAAAUACCCUUGCUCUGAGGAGCCACUCGUGGUCGACCGUCCCACAUACGCUGAGGCCCUGGUCUCCGGGGCCCUAGUCACUGAAAAGCGUGCUGCUCAGCGCAUUCGGCUCCUGGAUGUCUACGCUCGGAAUGCCAAACGGGCACGGCUUUCCCCGGCGGCCCACCCGGGCAAUGCCCAUGCCGAAGUGCCAGCCUCAGGACGCGAGCCGGCGCCUUCGGACUCCCCGGCCAGUGUCCCGCCAGGUGGCGACACGAUCGGCGUUUGUGUCAUCGACGGGGCCGGGCGAGUUGCCUGCGCCACUUCCUCCGGUGGCAUUUGGCUCAAGGAGGAAGGCCGUGUGGGAUCGAGCCCCCUGCUGGGGGCCGGACUCUAUGCCAGCGCCUUUCGCAGGGAGUCCGGACGGUACGGCCCCAGGCCCAUGCCCCCGGUGGGGGUCUGUACCACCGGCCGCGGGGAGCAGAUCAUUCGCACGCAGCUGGCCCGCGAAAUGGCAGAUGCCGUCUCCCAAGCGGGAGAUCCCCUGAUCGAGGUCCUGGGCCGGGCAUUUCGCCAUACCUUCCUCGAUGCUCCGCAGCUUUCGAGCCACCCUGUCCGGGAUGGGGGUUGCAUCGUGAUGACUGCCAGCCGCGAAGAUUGCUCAGUGGACAUUGGUUGGGCCCACUCCACCGACACGCUACCGGUGGCUUUCGGCCGCCUGGAAUGGGAUCCCGCCGCCGCUCGGUGGCGGGUCGGUCGAAUUCAGGCCCUCAUAUCCAGGCGCCCGGCCCGAGUGAAUGCGGGCCCCGGCCUCACCACCGGCGGAGCGCACUUCCCCGGCGUGCAGGCGGCCGAUGCCCCCCCCGGGCCAAGCUUGUGAGGGGCAAUAAAAGGAAAGAAGUAAGACCCCUUGGAGGGACGACGGCACAUGCAGAAUGCAGCAACCAUGGCGGCAGAUGGAGGGAAAGACAAGGACAUUCACAUAUAUUUACAAACACAUAUGGUUAUGUGGGUGGAUGGGCGGGCAGGCAGGCGGGGCGGGCGGGCGCGUACAUGUGCGCAUGCGUGCGCCGGCCGAUGGCUGUUCCCCGAGGGGUGCGGAGGCUGGUGGGAACCCUGAAGGGCGGUGUGGGGGGGGUGCCUGUGCAUGGGCCAUUGUGCAGGCGCGCGAAGGUGACAUGCCGGCCCAUGGCCAGCGGCAUGAACGCACACGCACACAUAUGCAUCUACAAGUGAAGGGACGAAAAGAGAUGCCUGGGCGUUUGCCUGCGCGGAUGGGCCACAUAAGAAGAGCACAGUAUCCCAACAGACUGAUGGUGGGAGGGGGGGGGGGGG